AUGGCCACUUCAUCCACGUCUGCAAUCCUAGACAGAAUUGCGUCUUCCAGCGCAGCGUUUAACAAAAAUGAGGCCGGUUCAAGGGAAGCCCUGAUUGAACACAGCCGUGCGUUGAUUGCGGCCUUAGAGAUUCCGAGUGAAUUUAUACAGCGUACCUUCUGGGCAGAACCAGCUCAAUCAGCCAUCAUCCGUCUCGCCGUCGACGUUAAACUUUUCCAACACCUGCAGGAAGCGGGCGAUGCAGGCCUGACACCGGACGCUCUAGCCCUGAAGACAGGGGUCGAUGCCGUCCUUUUGUCACGCCUUGCAAGACAUCUAGUUGCGAUGAAUCUGCUCGCCUUCCAUGACGGAGCCUUCCACGGCACGAGGCUGAGCAACGAUCUCGCAGCAGAGAACUUCCAACACAGCAUCUCCUUCUGCUAUGACGCGUCCCGCCCUUCGUUCAACGCAUUCCCGAAGUAUUUCGAGAAAACCGAAUAUAAAUCCCCAACCCUGGGUGGAACCGACGGUCCCUUCCAGGAAGCCCACAAGACCCAACUCCCGUUCUUCGAGUGGCUUGUCGCAACUCCACCGCACCUUCAGCAUUUCGACUCCUUCAUGAGCGCGUAUCGAGCCGGCAAGGCCGAUUGGCACGAAUUCUACCCGGUGGCAGAGCGAAUGAUAGCGGGCUUUGAUUCCUCCAUGAGCGAUGUUCUCCUCGUCGACGUCGGCGGCGGAAGAGGCCACGAUGUCGCUACCUUUGCCUCGCACUAUACUUCUCGUCCGGGCAGAAUCAUUCUUCAGGAUCGCGAGCCAGUUAUCGCGGGCGUAGUAGCUAAUGGCGCAGAGCUACCUUUCGAGGCGCAAACCCACAACUUCUUCACGCCACAACCUAUCAAAGGCGCACGAACCUACUUCCUUCACUCCAUUCUCCACGAUUGGGGUGAUGACGACGGCGUCAAGAUCCUAGAGAACCUGGUCCCAGCACUGGAGAAGGGAUAUUCUCGUGUUUUGUUGAACGAGAUUGUCGUAAACGAGGACAAACCCACGCUAGCGGCGACGAACAUGGAUAUGAUGAUGUUGGCACAUUUCGCAGUCAGAGAAAGAACGGAGGCAGACUGGAGAAAUAUUCUGGCCAAAGCUGGAUUGAAGGUGGUCAAUAUCUACAACUAUCCUGGAGUUGCGGAGAGCUUGAUCGAGGCGGAAUUGGCUUGA